AUGCGGAAUCGAUUCUUCACCAAGCAAGAGGCUCGCUACAUUGCCCUCAAGGAUCUCACCGGCGAGGGCAAAUACCGUCGCGACGAUGACCGCGCCGUUUCUCUCGGCUCCGUCACCGACGACUCGCUCAUCUCGUACACGCCCAGCUUCAAGAAGCGCAUGUCCGACGUUUUUGCCCGCCGUCGCCGUCGUCGGCUGUCCCUCACUGCCUCGUUCUCUGCCGGCUCCGCCACUCCUACAACUCCCACCACCACCACCACCACCCCCACAACCCAGUGGAAGCGCGCCUCUCUCAGCCGCGCCAUGAGCGCCCUGAAUCUGCACCGUCGCGAGAGCCGCCGCGAGAGACGAGUCGAUGAAGACGUCGAGAGCGACAGCAGCGAUGACGAGGAUGAUCCGGCCGAGACGAGGGACGACUUUGUCAAGAAGCGAUUGAGCUUGAUGCAGAGCUGGAUGACCACGCCAGCUCCCAGUUUCGGUACCUCCUUUACCUCACGCCAUUCUACCCUCUUUGUCCCGGUUUCGAUCUAA